UUCACCCGGAAACAACACAUUUCUGAUCGGCUAAACGACUCUGGCAUUUAGUAGACUACAGAGAAAGCUAUGAACCCGGCACAAAAUGAUCGUCCAGUAAUUUAAUAUAGCAUAGCGGGACAACUUCGAGGACAUUAUCUCUUAACUUUCUUCUCAGCGUGAGAAAUACUAGGUGUGGCGUGUGAACUGGCUAAAAUGCGUGUCUCACGGUGAAUGCGUGAGACCUGAGAGCCCUGUAAUGUGUCAAUACUGCAGGCAUGCAAACUCCUCACCGUUCGGCGAAAUUCGCCGUUGUGAGACCAAAAUGUGUCACCGACGUGAUUUGUGCAGAUCCGAUGAAAAAAUAUUUUGCGCAAGCCUGAUGUAACGUUAAGACAUAAGCUACAGAGGAAAAGGGUUUGAGUGUGACUUUGAGGAUGCAGGAAUGUGUGGAUGGACGGACCAGUCCUUAAAUACAGCAUUGUACAGCUGGGAGAAACGUCAGAGAGGAGACACGCUGCCCGACAGCGGGCCAUCUUCUGACUACACCACCGGGACAGCUACAGGUUCGUUUAUGGGAGUGAGUGCAGUGAGGACAAAGGGUCUCAGUAUUGCAGUUUUAAUCUCUCCUGAGAUGAAACAGUCUUCACCAACUUGUCGCCUUCGCCUCAGAUAUUUCCUGUGGGACUCAGGUCACACAGGGCUGGGCUCCACACCCUUGUGGGCGUCCAUCCUCCACCAGGACUCUCAAGAGGCCAUUGUGUGGCGUCCUGAGGCCACCAGUGUCCGUGGUUGGAGAGAGGCUACCAUCUUUCUGGGCCGUAUUCCCACAACCUUCCGAAUCCGUCUUCACUCGCAGCGCUCUGAAGGGCGAAGGGGAGAUGUGGCGGUGGACCAGCUGGAGUUUCUGGACUGCGCUCUGCCCUUACCACUCCCUGGGAAAGAGUGUCCAGCAGGGAUGAAGGAGUGUAGGCGUGGGGGCUGCGUGGAGCGCCGGCAGGUCUGCGAUGGCAGCGACGACUGCGGUGACGGGACUGAUGAGGAGGACUGUGCAGGGUACCGGCGCUGUGACUUUGAGGAGGGUCUGUGUGAUUGGGACCUGACGUCACUUUCCAAACUGAAAUGGGUAAGGACGAAUCAGAAGAACAUCUCCAUCACAGAUCCUCUGAAAGGACCAGGCAGGGAUCAUUCUAACAACCGUGCGACAGGUUACUUCCUUUAUGUCACUGUCCCUGAUGGUGGUCUCACAAUGGACUGGGCCGCUUUCCAGAGUCCCCUCCUUGAACCCACCAAUAGUUCACAUCCUUGCAAGAUGGUGAUGUACACUCACCAGUAUGGGCCGAGGUCCGGCGGUCUGACGGUGCUGGUGGCAGAUCAUAACAUCUACCCGGUGUGGAAAAGGGGAGGAGCCCUGGGCGAUGUUUGGGUGAAGGCAGAGGUGGAGAUUGUCACCAACUCCACUUUCCAAAUUUUAUUGAUGGCAGCAGUCAGGGACUUUACAUAUGGAGGUAUCGCUGUCGACAGCAUUGUUUUGUCUCCUGAAUGCCGCUUAUCAUCUGAAAAUAAUACCUGGGCAAAAUUCCCUGAAUCUCCUAAACAACCGUGUACUGAACCGGACAAGAUGUGUGACUUUCAUCCUGACUGUGCAGGAGCAGAGGAUGAGGCCAAAUGUGGGGAUUUCUCUUACACCAACGGCAGCUCAGGUUGGACUGACACCAGCAUUGGGAGUCAAGGUUGGGUGCUGUAUGAAAAUUCUACAUCCAAAGAGGACUACCUAUAUGUAGCUGAGGCCCCAGGCCAGCAGUUGACUGAGGCCCAGACACGGACCCCCCUCCUGGGCCCCUCUGGCCCAGCCUGCACCCUCAGCUUUGAAUUCGCACUAACUGGGAAUCCAGAUCACAUCGGUGAGCUGUCUGUCAGGGUGAUUGACAGCUUGCUGGGCACGCAACCUAAACUGUGGGAGUUCAGUGAGAAGACAGGAACAGAGGAGGGGGCAUGGCAGCACGUUGACCUGCCUAUCGGAGUCAGAAAACAUCGCUUCCAGCUGGCGUUUGAAGCUCGUGCUGUGAAACUUUGUCCAUGUUCCAAGAUUAAAGUGAAAAACGUUCGCUUUGUCAGCUGCCAUGCUGGCUAUUUUCCAUCUUCUCCAACAGGACUGUCAUGUAACUUUGAAACUGGACUGUGUGGAUGGUAUCAGGACAACAGUGACAACUUUGACUGGAUGGAGCUUGAUGGGAUGGACCACACCAUCGGGAUCGGCAGAAGCCUUGUUGUGGACAUGUGGAGUCCUUCUCUGCGCGGUGUGUUCGGACGCUUAGUUUCAUUCACACAGUUACCAGGUCCUACAGAUUACUGCCUGUCCUUCUUCUACAAACUCUACGGGCCAAACACAGGUGCUCUGACUGUGAAGCUGUUAGAUAACAGCGGUUCUGAGAGUGUCCUCUGGACCCGCAGUGGAGCUCAUGGCAACAUGUGGCACGAAGCGCAGUGCCCGGUACCACACCAGCUCACAAAGUUUCAGCUUAUGUUUGAAGCGGUCCGCUCUGGUUUUGACGGACGCGUGGCUAUUGACGAUGUGGCGUUCAUGAGCCAUCCGUGCACCGUGCCAAGAAUGUGUUCCUUUGAAGGCCAGCGGUGUGGGUACAGCAGCUCUGGUAAAGUUCACUGGCUCCACCGCAGUGGUCACACAGCCACGACCACUGGACCCAAAACCGACCACACUCUGGAGACAGAACUGGGUUUCUACAUGAUGGCUAACACCGGAGCGAACAUCCUUCCUUCUGGUGGUACGGCAGUCCUCACCUCCCCUGUUCGCCAAGGGACCGCCAAGACUGAGUGCGUCCAUUUCUGGUAUCACAUGGGAGGAGUGAAUCCUGGUUCUCUGACAUUGUAUAUGAAGCUGGUGAAGGGAGAACGGGUGAAGAUUUUCUCCGACAGUCUGAACCAAGGAGAUGUCUGGCGCCAUGGCAACGGCAACAUCUCGAGUGCCCUCGUGGACUGGCAGUUGGAGUUUGAAGUGGUUGGAGCCGGAGGCAAAAACACUCACAUUGCAGUUGAUGACAUCUUCCUUUCAGCUCACCCAUGUGAAGAUCAAGGUUCUAGGUGCAAUCUGGAGAGAGGGAUGUGUAGCUGGAGCAACACUCAAAAUGUAACAGUGGACAAACUGGACUGGGAACUGACAAGUCAGGAGGCAGAGAAGCACUACUCCACCCCACCUGAAGAUCACACCCUAGGCACGGAAAGAGGUCACUUCCUGUUCUUUCCAAGCAGCAACCGGACGGCAGCCAAUCAAAACGCUAAAUUGCUGAGCCCUCACCUGCCCCCGACCAAAGGCACCUGCCUGAAAUUCUGGGCCUACAAGCCGUACUCAUCGGACAGCGAGUUGAGGGUGUGGAGGCUGUCUGAAGGUCGUCUCAAUCAACUGCUGGUGGUGAGUGAACUGGGAGGGCCGUGGAAACGCUUUGAUGUCAACAUCACAUCGACUGAGGACUACCAGAUUGUGUUUGAAGGACUCAAAGGCACAUCAGGCGUUGUAGCUCUGGAUGACAUUGAGUACACCGUCGGAGUCAACUGUGCUAACAAAGUCACAGAUGUGCUGACAACCUCACCAAAGCGAGACAACGCAGGAGGGAUUGCGGCGUCCGUCAUCGUGGUCCUGCUGCUGAUCGGCACAUUAAUUGCCCUGCUGAUUUACUACCUGCGAACCCGAAGAGUCAAGCCUGUGAUCGGUCAAUCACCAAGCUCAUCUGUCUCAGCCAGUGUCAGUUUCCAUAAUGAAACAUAUGAACCAGAACGUGCACAGGACCGUGUGACGAUUUCACCAGCACAAAACCAUCCAAUGGCAGCUGGCUUUAAUAAUGUCUCUGUCUCUGCUGGUUUCAGAGAGAUGGAGGUGGCGUGAGGCAGGAGGGAUGGACAGGCCACCUAAAGUUGGCUUUGUGAAAUUAAGGCGAUAUCACAGCAGAAGAACUGCUUGUGUCGCCCUUACAUGACACACACGUACACACACAAACUCACUUACACAAAACACAAGAACAGCCCACAUACUGAAACACUGAUGAAGGCCUAAUUGGCACAGUUGCCUCAGAUCAGCUGGAGCCCUUGAGGGUCGCAGCUCUCUGCCUGUGGAUGGACGGAUGGAAGUCAGAAGGAGAACGUCUAACUUGUCGUGAAUGGAAAUUAGUUUACCUUUCUUUAAAUCGAGACUGGGCAAAACCCAUGAAAAAAUGGCAGAAAUGGUUGCAAGGAGAUGUAGGAUUCAUCUUUCUUUAUGUCAUGAAGGAAAAACCCUCCCAUUGUACAUGUUAAAGCCAGUUUACUAGUCACAAUGUUUACUCAGCCUGUGAUAUCUGCUGUAUAAUGUAUUCUUUGGCUCCGGAGGAGCUUUGUCAGUAGAAAAUAACUAACUCAAUCACUCCUUACCCGGUUAUGUCGUCUUUAGCACUGAGACUACAUACAUUAUUUACAACAGAAAGCCUGAAGAGGGGACACUGAACUUGAAAGACACGUGUUUACCAAUACCUGUAAACAUGAUGGUCUAUUUGAAAGAAACUAUCAACUACUACUAUAAGUUGUGUUAUGAGAGUAGAGCCAGAGUCACAUUAAGGAGUAAAAAUCUGACUUUAAAGAGAAGGGAGGAAGAAAAGAAUGAGUUUGAACAGACAGAUUAAACCUAAAAAGAGAAAAAAAGACCGAAAGGUUAUAGAGGAGGUUGACAUGUACUGUAAUGCUACUGUUUGGAAAAAUAUUCUUUUGGAUGUGUUGCAGAGUUCACUUUACACUGCUUUGAAACAAGAUAUAAUGGCGCUCUGAUGAUAAAUGAAUUAAAAUUGAGCAUUGAAA